GCAAUGGGGGAGGGCUUGGCAUGCAAUUAUCCCUCUCCAUCCCAAGGCUACAAAUACAAGCCAUAAACGGCGUCACUUUGUGUUGCCAAUUGAGAAAAAGACAAAACCUCUUAAAAGCCUAAAUGCUUCAACAGAUAAAAAAAGAAAAGGGGAAGCCUAGAAUGCUUCUGCAGAUUGAAAAGGGGAAAAAGAAAGGGAUAAGAGGGAGAUGGGGAGACGAUGCCCAUAGCGUAUCGGUCUUAGCCGAUUUCAGCGUUCAUCGGCACUCGAUGCCUCUGCCUCUACCUCCACCAUGGCACCAGUCUGAAACCCCCAAAGCACAGUAACUCGUGCGUGGUCCCUGUUACUUUUCCAUAAUUGCAGGUGGCAGUGGCAAACAGCUGGUAGUGGCGGGCCCAGGUGCGGCGGCUAGGGUUUUUUGUUUCCUUUUUUGGCUGAGAAUUAUUUAGGUGUUGGACUAUUGGAUUUUUUUUUUUUAGGGUUUGGUUUGAUUGGUUUUAUUAUUAUUAUUAUUUGGUAGACCCGGAUAAAUUUGGGCCUCUACAAAGUACUCUUAACUUACAGCCAUGGAAUUUGCUCUGAAUAAGAUUGAUAAACACUGGGACAAUAACAGAAGCCUUAAUCAGCUUAUGAAUGACCUGAAAAGGAAAGUAGUAGAAUUGAAUGGUAUGAAGGAAGAUACUGAUUCUAAAAUGAGCGCAGAGCUGCUGCCAAGAAAGAAACUCAAGAGGGAAGUCCAGAUAUGGUUGGAAAAUGUCGAAAGAAUCAAUGGUGAAGUACAAAGCCUUGACGGACAAAUAGGUGAAAGCAAUUGUUUUACACGUGGAUUUCAUGCAGACAAUGUGUUAAAGAGGACAAGGGAAGUUGAGGAACUUAUUCAACGCGGAAAAUUUCAAGAUGGUUUGGUGGUUGACGAUCCUCAAUUGAUUGGACAGACUUUGUUGACAACAACUUUAUCGGGUGAAGGUGCAAAGGCCUGUGAAGAAGAGAUUUGGCAGUGCUUGAUGGAUGACGAGGUUCGACAGAUUGGCGUUUGGGGGAUGGGCGGUGUGGGGAAAACAAGCAUCAUGAAGCGUAUAAACAGUCGACUCGUAGAAGGGACGGGGAGGUUCAAUAUUGUGAUUUGGACAACUGUAUCCAAGGAGAUGAGUAUUGCUAAACUACAAAAAGACAUUGCAAGUCAAAUUAAAGUAAAUUUUUGUGAUGAUGAAUGUGAAACAAGAAGGGCAGGGAUGCUGUUUGAAAGAUUGUCUGGGAAGAGUAGGUUUGUGGUGAUCUUGGACGAUAUAUGGGAAGAGGUUUCCCUUGAGAAGGUUGGAAUUCCUGAGCCAUCUACUGGGAGUAAAUUAGUCUUGACAACGAGAUCUUUUGAUGUAUGUCGAAAAAUGAAUUGUAGAGAAAUUAAAGUGGAGCCUUUGGUGGAAAAAGAGUCGUGGAAGUUGUUCUCGGAGAAGGUGGGUCGGGAUAUUCUAAAUGUUCCAGGGGUGGAACCAAUCGCAAAAAAGAUCGCUAAGCGUUGUGCGGGUUUGCCCUUGGGAGUAAUUACUGUAGCCUCUUCUAUGAAGAAAGUUGAUGACCUUUGUGAAUGGAGGAAUGCACUAAAGGAACUAAGUGAUCGCAAAAAAAGUGUUAGUGGAUUGGAAGAAGAGGUGUUCCAGCAGUUGCGAUUCAGUUAUGAUCGUUUGAAGGAUCCAAAAAUUCAAGAUUGUUUCCUCAGUUGUGCAUUAUAUCCUGAAGAUUGGACAAUUGAAGAGAGUGAGCUUGUUCAACUUUGGAUUGCAGAAGGGCUUGUGGAAGAAAUGGAUAGCAGGCAGGCAGAGUUUGACAGGGGUCAUGCAAUAAUGAGUAGACUCAUAAGCAAUUGUUUGUUAGAAGUUCUUUUUGACGCUAAGGAUAUAAGAGUGGUAAAGAUGCACGAUCUUGUAAGGGAUAUGGCAUUACGUAUCACAAGUGCAAAACCUCGAUUUUUUGUAAAAGCGGGCAUGGGAUUAAGGGAGCCACCAAAUGUGCAAGAAUGGAGUGAGGAUUUGGAGAAGGUUUCAUUGAUGAGGAAUCGGGAGUUAGAAGUUUUUUAUCCCUUGGGAAUGUUACCACCAAAGUGUCCGAUGCUCACAACAUUGUUGCUGUCUGGUACUGGUAUACAGAGUAUUCCGGAAGGUUUCUUCAGCCAUAUGGAUGGACUCAAGGUUCUUGAUCUUUCUAACAAUUCUAUUGAGAGUCUCCCAAAUUCCAUAUCAAAUUUGAAGAAUCUCACUGCGUUGUUGCUUUAUGCUUGUUUUCGUUUAAAGUAUGUGCCAUCAUUGUCAAAUCUUCGAGCUUUAAAGAAGUUGGAUCUUGGAGGAGUAGAUAUCAAGGAAGUCCCUCAUGGAAUGCAAAACUUGUCGAGCCUCAAGUGCCUAAACCUAUAUUGUUGGAAUAUAGAUGAGAUCCCGAAUGGAAUAUUCCCCAGACCUUCUUGCCUUCAAGAAUUGACUGUUAGUGAUGCGCUCAUAGGUGGGAAAGAGGUUGCUGAGUUGAAGAAAUUGGAAAAGUUUACAGGGCGGUUUUACGACUUACACAACUUGGACAUGUAUGUCCAAGCUUUUCAUGGUCGAGAAGAGCCUCGUGAGUACUUAAUCUUUGUGGGUGAAAGAUGUCCUGAGGACAUUGAUUUAUCAAAAACGAUUGUAUUACAGGUUGGUAGUGUCUAUGCCAAUCAGAUUAUGCUUCCACAUGACAUCGAGGAAUUGAUUGUCUGUGAUUCCUCUUUCGAGUCUCAUGAAGAAGAAUACCCGAUUUUCUCCAGGUUUUUCCUAACUUCAGUUCGCAACUUUCCCUCUCUUAAAAUUCUUCAAAUAAGUAAUGUAAAAUAUACGAAAAGGUUGUUCUCUCUAAACUGUGUGCCGCCAAAUUUAGAAGAGCUUUAUAUUUGGCAUUGUAACCAACUGGAGGAAAUAAUAGCAUCAGAGGAAAGAGGAUGGGUUACCAUGGAAGAUUGUCUUCCACGAUUAAAGAGAAUGAUAUUGCGUUCUUUACCUGAAUUGAAGAGCAUUUGCAGUGUUGAUGCAGUAAUGAUUUGUGGAUCUCUUGAAUAUCUUAAGGUAGACUCUUGUCCGAAAUUAAAAGGACGUCCUCUCCAAACUGUGUGCCGCCAAAUUUAGAACGGCUUGAGGUUUCGAAAUGUAACCAACUGGAGGAAAUAAUAGCAUCAGAGGAAAGAGGAAGGGUUACCAUGGAAUUUUGUCUUCCACGAUUAAAGAAAAUGACAUUGUGUUCUUUACCUGAAUUGAAGAGCAUUUGCAGUGUUGAUGCAGUAAUGAUUUGUGAAUCUCUUGAAUUUCUUGCAGUAGAAUGUUGUUGUAAAUUAAAAAGGAUGCCUUUUAAACUUCCCCAAGUUUGAACCAUCUUCACCACUAAAAGUGGCUAUUCGUCCAAAGCCAAUGGAGUUGUGCGAAUCAAUAGAAUGGGCUGAUCCUGAUUUCAAGUCUUUUCUUAUCCCGAUGUAAUUCCGAACCGUAUUAUUUAUUUCAAUCAAGCCUACGGCCUUUUUAUGAA